GAGUCUUUUCACAAUGACUGUAUCAGUGUUUUGACGUUGAAAGUGUUGAAGGUUUUGAGAAAAGACAAGGAAGUCAAAGAGUUUUCUUGGCAAAGAUCUGUCCCUCCAAUCUGCCCUGGUCCUGGCUCUUUCAGUAUCUCGCAGCAUUCCUCGGACGCACGGUGUGAAACAGACGGAGAACAAUCUACCAAGGGCGUGGAGCUAGACGACAUUCACGGUUGACUGCAGCGGUGGUAGUCUCUUUGGAGUUGGCCUUCCCCGCCUAUUUUCCUUGCCAUCAUGCCGUCACCACACAAGGGCACAACGACGACGGCCACGGCGCUGGUAUCACCAUCAACCUCGUCAUCUCACAUGGACGUUGGCACUGGCAACGGCGACCGUCAUUCCGCCGCUGCACACGGCACCACGGCAACCACCAGGCAGCUAGUCGGUUACGGAUCCGACAACGGCUCGCCGUCCUCGCCGUCACGAAGCCGAUCUCGCUCACCGGUGUCGUUGCAUCGCUCACACAAGCCCAGUUACCGGCAUCGGAAGCGCUCGCGUUCGUCAUCGCGCUCGCCGCCCCGCUCCAGCGGCCACAAAGAUUCGUCGCCGCAUCGUCGGCGCAAGCACACGCGCCGCUCGCCCAGCCCUCGUGGUCACCACGGCAGCAGUGGCAGGAGCAAUCGCCGACACAGUCCGUCGCCGACGCAUCGCCGUCACCAUCGCUCGCGUCGCUCCAAGUCACGGUCGCCACAGCGACGCCGCUCCCGGUCCAGGUCGCCACGGCGACAGAGACGCACGGGCUCGCGCUCUCCUAGUCCCGGUCAUCGCGCGACACAGCGUGGACGCAACUACGGCCGCAACUCAUUCAGUGAUAACCAUCGUGGAGGUGGCGGCAGUUCCGGAUAUCGCCAUAAACGCAGUGGCGGCUCUGUGGAUGAUUCUGCUCGCAAGCCAAUGGCGUUUGUGAAGGCAUCUGACGAGGGUCCCAGCCAAUCUGCUACUCCUGUCAAGGCCGAUUCUGCUUCAGCCACAUCAGCGGCAGUGACGGCUGCUGCUGCGGCAGCAGCGUCCACCAUUGCGGCCAUGGGUGGUGACUCCUCCGGCGCCGCUUCGUCCUCGUCCGUUCCUACGUCCAGCGCACCGGCAGCGGAUGCGUCCAGGUCUGGUCAGCUGCCGAAUUCAGUGUCAUCGUGUCUGGUGCCAACUCCACCAGGGUCUCUAGCGUCAUCGGCGCCCUCAGCGGGCAACUCGGCCCUGAAAGCCGCCGUGUCUCAGGCAGCCCUUGCUGCCCAGGCACUCGCCAACAGGACCGCGAUGCCCGGCGCUCCCGCGAGCUCUGCCGCUGCUGCGGCUGCCGCGGCGGCUGCUGCUGCUGCCGUCACUGCCCGCUCUGGCCUGGCGUCGGCACCCACCGUCAGCCUCGCAGCGCCGCUAGCUGGCGGUGCGCAGUCGAUGGGCUUUGCACCGCCGUCGCGUCUGCCCCAUCAGGCAGGAGGCCCUGUGCCGCUCAUGCCGCCCAGCGUGCAGGCGCAGUUGCAAGCCGCCCAGCAGGUCCAUCACAAUCCGCAGCGCUCUCUGCAGGAGCAGAAGAGGAAGCUCCUCUGGGCCAAGAAUAAGCCGGGUGAGGCCCAGUCAUCGUCCAGUGGCGGCAGCAGCAUGCCCACCACCAACACGGCCAAGGUCUACAAGCAGGCCACGUUCAACGACAACGUCACCUCCGAGCAGCAGCUCAAGUUCCAGCGCAUGCUCGGCUUAAAGGCGAACGACGCGACCAACGGCGGCCGCGGCAAGAUCGUGUCCGACUCGGACUCUCCCGCGGCCGCCAAGCAGGCCAUUCGCGACCAGUACGACAAAGUCCAGGAAGACUUGGACCAGCAGUACGCCAGUUCGCGUGUUUUCACUCACACGGCACGCGGUACAGGGCUCGGCUUUAGCUCCUCGUUCGGCCAGCCCUCGCAGUUUCCUCCGCAGCAGCUGCCGCAGCCGCCUCAGCAACCGCAAUAGUAGUGCGCGGGGGUGGCGCUCGAGCUGCAUUCGCUUUAGCGAAUUCAGCUAAACGGCCUCAGGAACCUCAUUGUAGUGUGUGGCGAUCGAAACUGCGUUCGGUUUAGCGUCCGUAUCAUCUAUAAUGGCUUGUGUUCUCUGUUUUUUUUAUUGUAGUCUUGCUCCCUUUUUUUGGUUUCUUUGCUUUCUGGGUGUGUUGCUGGUGGUGUUUCACCCUGCGCCAAUCGUCCGUGUGAUGCUUUUUUUUAUGACUUCAUUCUACCAUCCAGUGUGCAAGCAUUACAUCGUACUCUGUGAGCUUAUGACUCGUGUGUUCGUGGGAGGCCGUCGAUACCCUAGCGACUGUUGUUGUUGCGGCGGCCGCUACAACAACGCAGUUUUUGAUGUCCACAUAAAGUAUUGCGCAUGGCGCGUGGCA